AUGACGAUUACAAUACACCAUGCACAAUGUUACAGUCCCAGGAUGAUGGAGCGGGUAACUGUAACGACACAUCACAACGUGAGCCCCAGUCCCACAACACCUGAAGCACCGUGCGCUCACAGUACCACACAAAUCGGCACUAUUCGAACAGAGGAAUAUAAACGUGAUUUAGCAGAAUUCCAGGCAAGACGAUCCAUAGGAAGUAAAGAGCCCAAAGAUACACCUGUUAAGAAAAAAUGUGGUAGACAUUCUUUGCCCGUAUCUUGUACCGACUGCACUGCAGACCACGACAACACUUUCAAUUAUGAGAAGAAAUCAGCCGUUAAAUAUAAAAAGAAACAAAAACGCGCUCGAAGUACGACCCCUGAACGAUCAGUUUACGGAGGCCUCCCGAACAUACAGUUCCUAUUCCAAAAUCAAGUGUUCAUGCCUGGGAAUUUGUACCCGACGACAUCAUCAUUUUCUGAACCACAAAAAUACAAACGAGAGUCGCGUCAAAAAACAAGCAGAUCUUCAGAUAUGGACAUGUUAGUUCAAAAGCACAUAGAUUUUAAAGAAGAAGACCAGACAAACUCUCCUCCUACGUUUUACAAGAACAAUUCUCUUCCGUUCGAUGUGAAGAACUUCUUAGACGGUCACAGGAGUGACAACGAUGAAGUUGAUGGAGUAAAAGCAACAGGAGACAUUAAUUUAUCUAGUCAAGGUGCGUCCCUUAGUCCAAAGAAAAAUGUCUCCGAUGAUAAGCUUUGGGAAGUAAUGAGUGAGUUGAAGAACUUGGAUCAGUGGGCAGACGAGCAACUGCAGGUCCAGUCGCCGAACACUAGCAAGUCUGACGAUAGUAAAAGUGAUGCGAGUACAUACGGGUUGCCGAUAGCAUGUGCCAGCAACCUCGAUGUAACGGUAGAAAGGAAUAAAACCUGGAACUAUGGGAAGUGGGGCGUGGUUCCCGUGCAGAUAAAGAAAUUGAAUGGUGUCACCGUUGAACAUGUUAGGAAGAAACGGAACACGGAGAUAAACAUAUUGAGAAAGUGUCGCCACCCUAAUAUUAUACUUCUGAUGGGGCUGUAUCCUGACAUUCACGGCAACGUUCACCUGAUCUGCGAGAGAUGUGUCGACUCGCUGUACAGCAUACUACACGUGCAGGGUCGCAUUCUAAGUGCACAAACGGCGGUCCAGUACGCUUUAGAUAUUGCGAACGCCCUGGUCUUCCUGCAAAUGCAGGGAUACCUUCACACGGAGUUAUGCAGCGCCACGGUGAUGAUCACCAGCCAUGAUGCAGCCAAACUGGCUGAUAUGGCAGCCUGUACCAAGCUGAAGAAGCCAGAGAGAAGCCAGCCUAAAGACUAUGACAUGUAUUCGCCUGAGCCUCAGUAUGUCAAUAUUGAUGAUUCUCGCCAAUCAGAUGUAGUGGAGUUCCAGCCUUUGAUAUCGGCGCAUCCUUCAGAGACUUAUAUUACAUCUAACGCGGUAGCCAAAGAAUAUAAAUUUUACGAAAACUCUGAGAAAUACAGGUGGCAUGCGCCAGAAUUGUUUUUGCCCAGCGAAGAGGGAUUAGUAUAUCCAUGUUCGAAAAGCGAUGUGUAUACACUUUGUCUUAUUCUGUGGGAGAGUUGUAAUGCGGCAAUGCCAUGGAAGAAUCUUUCCUAUGAAAAGUUGAAGGAACAAUACACGUUAUGGAAGACAGGUAUACCACUGCCAACAGAUGGAACAUACCCUGGUUGCUUACUUUCCCUGCUGCAGUCUGGGCUGGCACUCCAGAGAAAUGAGAGAAUGGAUCUAACAGUGUUGCAGAGUACACUACAAAAUGUCAAGCGCAAUAUUGACGAACUUGGCUAUAUUAUAAUCCCGGCUCGGCUACCCACGAAACGAUCCACAUUUAGUUCAACUGCUUGGGACACAACUUCGCCAACAGACUCGGAAUGCUUGAGUCCACAGAAUAUACAACACCAAGCUGUUGUACACAACGCUCGAGAAAGUUCCACCGAAAGCGAGAAAGACUGUAGCAAAAGCGACGGGAGCCCUUUAUACGAAACUAUAAGGAAGUCCCACGCUAAAUCUGUGGCCCAAGCCGAGAAAUGCUUUAUUUCGGAUGACGACCAAAACGACCACGCCUCCUUAGUAAGAUAUGAACAUUUACCAGAAAAAGAAUACUCUAGUGCUUGCUCCACUCCUAUAGCAAAAAUUAAAGCGAGAAUGAAAGAUCUAGGUACCCCAGGCACUCUACACAGGAGCGAUUCUACUGAAUACUGCAGUAUUUUCAGUCCAAACCGUACUAUUAAUUUUACAAAUGAUGACAGUACUAAAGAACUAAGCAAUGAACGUCCUCACACAAAAUUAAGUAAAAGUUUCACACCAAAGUCCUACAAACCACUUCAUAUAAAAGUUCCUGAUGUCAAUUUAGACUCAAUCAAACCACUUCUGAAGGAUCGGAAUAGUUCUGAGCAGUCUUCCUAUAAUUUUGAUAUAAGGAACUAUAGUUUGCCUAGUACUCCUAUUGCUAGGAGUAAUAAGCUUAGGAAGAAUGCUUGGCUGUCGGGAGAAUUGGGUGCUGCGGACAGAAGCAAUGAUAAACCUAAAGAAACCGAAAAUUGCGUCACGCCGGAAAAAGAAGAACAUAAAAAUUUAACGACCUCAUCGCUCGAGAGUUCCGCUACUCCUACGAACAUGUCUGCUGAGAACCGAAGAAAUAGCGCAGAGAAAAUACAUCAGCCUGAACCAAUAACUCCAGUGAAUAGCUCCCCCGAAGGUACCGAUGCUAUUCGGGACGUUUUUACUGGACUACGGAGGGUAAAUCCACCUCCAGAUUUCUCGCCUGAGUGUGAUGACGUAAGAGAUCGGAUGAGCUCCUGCUCUUUGAAGUCCAGCCAAGAUAAAAACGCUCUAACCAAAUAUAAAGUUGAAGAUGAAAUCCUUGCCAACGUGAAUGUCAAACCAUUGGUUGCGAUACAUGAGAAGUGGAUAUACGAAGCGAAUAGAAAAACCUGCCGAUCCAUGUCUUUGCCUGAAGAUAACAGGAGCCAAAUAGCAGCUGUAAAACCGGCGUCUCACUGCGUGGACACGCUACAGAAAUCCCUACCUCAACUACACGUAAAGAAAUCGGGAACUAAAAUAUUCAGGACACGGCCAGCGUCACCCAUCAACGGAAAAAAUGGCAACCAAUGGGAUCAGUUUUGUCAGGCACGGGAAACGAUUGCAAGGAGUGUCAACUUUAACCGCAGCCCUGAACUUCCACAUCGCCGGGUCGAGGAUAAGGAGACUAUAGCCGAAAGCCAAAAAUCGGCACCGAAAGUCGACCAAUCAACAGACACUAAAAGCAUCGAGGACUUCAUCAGGGACAUGAUACGGAAAGAGUUUCAACACUUACUGCAAGAAAUAACCGAUGACACGUCCACGGGCACCGUAACGAUAUCAAAAAGCGAAGAUAUUUUGAACAAAGGAGUCGCCAACAUCAUCGAAUCUUUAAAUAGUAAUGAAGAUAUAAAGUCAAAGAAAGAGCCGAUGAGGUCGUUCUCUCGUGUCAAAAUCAAUGGGAAUAACAAACCUCUACUGCAGAUUACCUUCACGCGAUCGGGAGAAAAUAGUCUACAAGUAUUGGAUAAUUGUGUGAACGUUACUAUCUGCGACCCAGCCAACAAUAAUGUCAGCAUUAAGGACAAAAUGAACCAGUCCUUAGACGACACGCUCACUGACGAAAUUCAUGUCAACGCUCUAAAGAGGUGCCAGGCUUUCAAUGCUUUACAGGAAGCUAAAAGUACUGAGGACUUAUACAUAGAUGACGACCUAUCAACAAUGCAGGACAACUUUGGCGGUAAGGUGAAACUGAUUCCGCUACACGGCUCGCUGCACGAGAUACUCUGCGAGAAAGAAGACGACUGCUGCCUUAUCAAGGUCAAGCAGGAGAAUGGCUGCGACACCAUCUACUUCCGAUGUGAUAACUCCGACACCGAGUCCCGGGACGCCAUCGACGGCUGCACUCGCGACCACUGUCCGCAAGACACCGUCGUCUACAAGCGAAGCAUAUCACUCGUCGAAGAAAGAAUACAGCGCAUAUUCCCCAAAGAGAAACGCGCACAAACCCCGAACCUCACUCGCAAAAAACCCCCAGAUUAUGUCAAAAUACGACCUAAAUCAGAAGUAUUUGUCCCGAAACUAACGAUAGAAUCUCGAGUUCUAAGCAACAGCAGCCCCUCCCUUGCUACUUGCGACAGGUCGGAUGAAGUUGAGGUGAACAUUGAGAACGUGCUGAGCUACCAAGACUCCUCGUCCGACGAGUGUAUCAAGUGCCAACUGGAAGGCGACGACUUCGAGCUACUGGAGAAGAAGAUAGAGGAAGACAUCGCUAACAGUAACAAGAGCACACUAACGUGCGGCUGCCUAGCUAAGAUAUCUGAAGAGAACCUCGCCAGUCUGAACGAGGAUAAGGACUGAAUAAUUCUGUUGAUCCAGAAUUAAAGUUUGUUUAGUUGUAAACACUAAUGUUGAAGCCAUAAGUACAAAUUUACAAUACUGCAUGAUGAGUCGCAGGCUCCCCAAACGUUGUUGAUGUAUGCAUCCUCCGAAACUGUAUUCGAAAUGUCCAAUUUGACAAGUACAAAGUUGUUAAUUUUUGUAUUGCACUUUUAUUGGUAAAUCGUAAUUGAAUCGCUGAUAUUAUUAUCAUCACAAUUAUGUUACUCAUCCGUCCAAUUUGUACUCGCAUUUAGAAAACCCAAAGAUAUUUUCGUUAGGUUUUCUUGUUUUUUUAAUGUUUCCCUAUUUUUUUUUAUGUCGUUUUUAGUAAUUAUAGUGCAAGGCUAUGUGAUUUAGUGUAAGUGGCACCGAUACAUUCCACUGUGUGAUUUCUAGAAUAGUUGCACCUUAUGAAGGUUUUGCCUCGUUAUACAAAAAUGUUAGCACUUUUAAUAAUAUAUCAGGUUAUUUUAAUCUUCGUUUCUAUAUUUUUAACUGUAUUAAAUACACCAAAGGUUAAUUAGUUGCCUCGAUUGGUAUAUUUCUAUGAUCCUUUGAUUUUCUAAAAUGUAAGUUGGUUUAUAAGGGAGUGUUAUGUGGUUUCUAAAGUUUCCAUUUUAAAAGCUAUUGUUACGCAAAUGUGUGAUUGAUUUUAGAUGUAACUGUUAAAAAUAAAACUUUGUACUUAAUAUUGCAAUUUUAUUUUAUAAAAAUAUACGUAAAAAUAGAAAAAAGCAACAAUACAUGGCACUAUAAAAGAAUGAUAACAGAAAAAUACAUAUGCUUAUAAUUACAUUACAUUAAAUGUACACUGGAAGACAUUGUUUUUGUUGAUUGGUUCCAUUUUAUAGAUCACUGGACUGGAUGUAUUUACACGAACACAAAAUAGAUGCAAAAUUCAACCAUCCAUCUUCUAAUUGUGCUUUGAACAUUAAAUUAUUAACGCGCACCUUAGAACAUAAUAUAAAAUAGAACAAAAUGCAGUAUUUAUUACACCUCAAUAAAAUUGUGCUAAGCAUUUUCAUUUACGAUAAUUGAAGCCAAAUGAACAACAAUAAAUCUUUUAUAAACGGUAAUUACAUUUACUAUUCAAAAUAGCAUUUUAAUGAGUAUUUUUGUAAUAUGGCCUCAAUUUUUUCAAACAGUUAUGUGUAGAGACUUGCUGUCUUCGCAAAAAUUAUUUUCAUCACUAAUGUGAAACAGUA